AUGAGAGAAAACAUACACGUGGCUCAAGCCACAGAAGAUCAUCAUCAUCAGCGACAACAUAAACUAGCUACGAGUUUAAGUUCUAACCUAGCAAAGACAAGGGCCACCGCCAAAAUCCACAUUUUCGUCUUCUUCAUCUUCCUCUUUAGUGCUUCUCUCUCUUGGAUAUUUACGUUUGUAUUAGGUGAGAGUAUAUUCCAAGUAACAUCAGUAUUCACAAUAAACAGCAAGAAAAGUGUUACCACAACAACAAAUAUUCCGAAGACCAUCAACAAGAUCCAAUUAAACUGUACACUCCUCAACAACAACACUACUACACAAACAUGUCCUUCAAACUAUCCAACCAAGUUCGAGCCGACAAUCACUUCCUCGGAAACUUGUCCUGAUUACUUCCGAUGGAUCCAACAAGACCUAAAGGUGUGGCAAGAGACAGGGAUCACAAGAGAAACACUGGAGAGAGCAAAACCUAAUUCUCAUUUCAGGCUAGUGAUAAAGUCAGGGAGAUUGUAUGUUGAUCAAUAUGUGAAAGCUUAUCAGACGAGAGAUGUGUUCACAAUUUGGGGAAUACUUCAACUUCUAAGAAUGUAUCCUGGUCAAAUCCCUGAUCUUGAGCUUCUCUUCCUCUGUUAUGAUAAACCCGCUAUUUGGAAAAGAGACUUCAACAAAACUAGGAAGGACACAUGGCCUCCUCCGCCGUUGUUUCGUUAUUGCGGUCACCGUGAUGCAUACGACAUUGUGUUCCCUGAUUGGAGCUUCUGGGGUUGGCCGGAGGUGAAUAUAAAGGAGUGGAAGAAGUUAUCUGUGGCACUACAAGAAGGGAACAAACGGGUGAAAUGGAAAGAUAGAAUUCCUUACGCUUAUUGGAAAGGAAACCCUCAUGUUGCUACUCCAAUAAGAAAAGAUCUCAUGAGAUGUAGCUUCUCCGACAAGUAUGAUCCUAUGGUUCGACUCUAUGCUCAGGAUUGGAGAAUUGAGAGCAAGAAGGGGUUUAAAGGAUCAAACCUAGAAGAUCAAUGCACUCAUAGAUAUAAGAUCUACAUAGAAGGGGAAGCGUGGUCGGUGAGCGAGAAAUAUAUACUUUCAUGUGAUAGUAUGACUUUGUUGGUUAAACCAGAAUAUUACGAUUUUUUCAUAAGAAGUAUGGUCCCAAUGAAGCAUUACUGGCCUAUCAGACAAAACAACAAAUGUGGUGACCUCAAAUUCGCUGUUGAAUGGGGUAACAACAACACUGACAAGGCACAAGUUAUAGGAAGGCAAGGAAGUAAUUACAUAAUGAAGAAUCUAGAGAUGAAAUAUGUCUACGAUUACAUGUUAUAUGUGUUGCAAGGCUAUGGGAAACUGAUGAAGUUGGAUGUGACUGUACCUGAAAAUGCGACCGAAGUGUGUUCGGAGACCAUGGCUUGUCCGAUCACUGAUGGUAGAAUGAUCAGGGAGUGCAUGGAUGACUCGUUGGUUAUGUCUCCAAGCGUCAUGCCUGCUUGCGUUUUGCCACAACCAUAUGGAGAUGGUGAGCUCGAGAGGUUUCUUGAGAAACAAGAAAAUGUGGAGAGGGAGGUCGAGAAGUGGACCGAUGAGUAUUGGAACUUGAGAAGUCGGAAAUAA